AUGCUUCGCACUGCCUUCCGCCUUCGCGCUGCGAUGCAGCAACGCACGGCCGCUCGUCUCGCGCGCAGCUUCGCUUCGUACCCUCCGCACGAGGUCAUUGGACUGCCAUCCCUAUCGCCGACGAUGGAGACGGGCAACAUGUCCAAGUGGAUCACGAAGGAAGGCGACGCCAUCUCCGCGGGCGACGUCGUGUGCGAGAUUGAGACGGACAAGGCCGUCGUCGACUACGAGGCCACGGACGACAUGUUUCUGGCCAAGAUCCUCAUUCCAGAGGGCACGGAGAACGUGCCUGUGGGGCAGCCUAUGAUGGUCGUAUGCGACGAGGAGGAGUCGAUUGCUGCCUUCAAGGACUUUAAGCUCGAAGACGGCCCGACUGUUUCUGCUGGUGGUGAGCUGCCGAAGGCGGCAGACACACCAGCAAAAGAGGAGGAGGUCAUGAGCUCAACCAUCAGCGAACCAGUGGCCGCGACUUCGCCGACCACGAAUGAAACCAAAGCCGGUCCUUCCAUCUCGGCGGCUUCAGUGGCACCUCUGCCAAAGGCAGUUACUCGCGCUGCGAGCGCCGGCGCCGUUUUCGAGAACAAAUGGGGUCUUGGCAUCAAGAAGAGCGCCAUCUCCACGAGCCUCAUCAAGCGACAGCAAGCGUACAUUGCUCUGUACGGGAUCACGGGCAUGACGCCCGCGGAGCUGUUGUCAACGAAGUAA